GAACAAUUAUCCUGUGGGACAUUGCUUCAAUCGUUACGUGGUUGGUGUGGCUAAAAGGAAACCAACUGACCAUAAUACUGAUAACAAUAGUGAACGAUCUGUAGCUAGUUAUUAUGGAAUAAUUCAGUUGGUAUUUUAUUCUCAACAGUUAGCAAACCGUUUAGUGCAGUCUUCUCUGGUAAGCAUUGAGACCUCUUUGCCUUGGGGUUGUAGUAGUUGUUGAUUUUAGGCUGCUGCGCUGGGACACGCCAAUCAUAACCCUGUGACUGUCUUUGCGUCAUCAUGAAGCUGUACAGCCUCAGCGUCCUCCACAAAGGAGCGACUAAAUCCAACCUCCUCAAAUCCGCCUAUGACCUCUCCUCCUUCAGCUUCUUCCAGCGCUCCAGUGUCCAAGAGUUCAUGACCUUCACCAGCGCCUUGAUUGUGGAGCGUUCUGCAGACGGCAGCCGAGCCUCAGUCAAAGAACAAGGGUACCUGUGCCAUGUGUAUGUGAGGAAUGACAGUCUGAGUGCAGUGGUGAUAGCAGACAGCGAGUACCCCCAAAGAGUCGCCUUCACACUACUAGACAAAGUGCUAGAGGAGUUUUCCAGGCAAGUGGACAGUAUAGACUGGCCAUCUGGAAACCCAGACACCAUCAACUACAAAGCCCUGGACAUCCACCUGGCCAAAUACCAGAACCCCAGAGAUGCAGAUGCGAUGACCAAAGUGCAGGCUGAGCUAGACGAGACAAAAAUCAUUUUGCAUAACACCAUGGAGUCUCUGUUGGAGAGAGGGGAGAAGCUGGAUGAUCUGGUACAGAAGUCUGAACACCUGGGGAACCAGUCUAAAGCCUUUUAUAAGACUGCACGGAAGCAGAACUCAUGCUGUGAGGUCAUGUGAUGUUGCUGGACUGUCCUCUUGGACACGUCUCUCUUGGCCUUUCUACUCAUUCUACAACUUCCACUCAGUCUCUGGGAGGUCGGGGGGAGUGGGUGGGAUCUCUGGAAUCUCUCUACAUGCUGACUGGUGGGGGGGAGUUUCAUCGGGAAAAAAGAUCAUACUUAUUUGCUUAAUUGUAACCGCUCAAAAGGUGUUUUGAGGAGGUUCAUAGCCAGCCAGGACGUGGUCAAUAAUCAAUAACGUGUUGAUGUAUCUUGAUGAUUUGUUGUUCAAAAUGUCUUAAACCGUUUCCUGAAUUCA